AUGAAAAUUCUUGUGGCAUUUCUGGUGGUGCUGGCCAUCUUUGGGACACAGUCRCAUGGAUAUGAGGUUUAUAACAUCAUCAGCCCAGGCAACAAUGGUGGCAAUGUUCAGGAAACAGUGACGAUUGACAAUGAAAAAAAUACUGCUACCGUUGACAUCCAUGCUGGAUCAUGUUCUUCCACCACGAUUUUUGACUAUAAACAUGGCUACAUCGCAUCCAGGGUGCUCUCCCGAAGAGCCUGCUACGUCCUAAAGAUGGACCAUUCAGCUAUCCCUGCUCUGGACAAACUGGAACGGUACCUCUAUGAGAUGAAGACGAUAAAUGUCAUGUCCUCCAACAAAUACACCUGGGUCAAGUACAACCCUCUGCAGUCUCURAUCACGAAUGUGGACUGGUUCCUGUUUGGGUCACCCAUUGAGCAACUCUGCAAACACAUCCCCUUGUAUAAGGGGGAAGUGGUUGAAAAGACAGAUGAAAUUGCUGCUAGAGGUUGUGCAAAGGCAGGGUUCCUGGGCAUCUUGGGAAUUUCCAUCUGCGCAGGCAUCCAAAUUUAG